AUGACAGCACGUCCCUAUGUCAAGCAGAUCCCCCUACUUCCACCAUUCCGCAUCAUCACAGUCAACUCCUCCCCCAACGCCCACACCCACACCCACGCGCCCAUACACGCACAAUCCAGUGCAUCUACCACUACAGCAGAAGAUGGCAGCCGAGACUGCGACCUCCGACCCGACCACCAUAUCAACUGGGAGAAGCUUGCCGCCAGAGCCGGCUUCAAGGACGCUGCUGCAGCCAGAGCUCACUACAACCCAUUCCUCAAACCCGAUUGGCUCGACACUUCCCUGACCGACCGAAAGGACCCCCACGAUGCCGAGGGGAGUAGCAUCCAUCACCCAAUGCCCCGUCGCGCCGGGGGACAGCAUCACGCUUGGAACGGCGUUUUCGGAGGAAUCCUCAUCCACGGCCCAGCCUCAGUGCCGUACGACGAAGAUAUGGGAAUCUUGAUGCUGGGCGAUUGGUUCCACAACACCACGGAUGCGUUAUGGGGCUCGGCGUCGACCGGUCUGCCGCCCCGGGCACAGAACGGUCUUAUCAACGGGACCAACGUCUAUGGCGACAGCGGAAAGAGGUUCGAGACCAAGUUCACAGCCGGCAAGCGUCACCGCAUCCGCCUUGUCAACACGGCCAUCGACACGUUCUUUAAGUUUAUGAUCGACGACCACAAGAUGACGGUUAUCGCAGCCGAUUUG